AAAUGACUGAAAAAACCCUAAAAUUAGUGUUAAAUGAAUAGAAAUCACUGUUUUUUCACUGAAAAUGACAGACAUUUUUGACACUCAUUUGCGAAACAAGAAAAUCGUUUGACAUUUCGCUCACAUCUCGUGUCCACUCAUCUCUUCCGACCAAUGUUUGGCCGCAUCUGAUCCCACAGUGAAGACCGUUAUUGCCAUCACUCACGACAAUACAUACGCUCACACUUUGUCUCACUAAUUGAGAGACCGUUACUCACGAGUGGUGUCAGAGGGGGGAGAGAGAGAGAGAGAGAGAGCCGACUCGGAAGCGAUGGACGAUUUGACAAAAGUGUUACGAAUCGGCAAUAAAAACGAUAUCAACCAGAAAUUGCAACAAUUCGUGAAUCAGUUUGGCAAUCAGUUUACCAUCGAUGACAGCCUUCAGCACAAGAAGUCGUUGGCCGAGUGUCUGUUCCGUUUGCUUCGGGACCCGGAGUACGUCUCCCAACAGUCGCUAUGCCUUCAAGUGUUGCGAAUACUGACCAGAGAUAAGACCAAUUUGGGCGAAGUGUUUACCGCCGACCGAAUCGAAACAGCGCUUCACUUAGCGAUGCUCGUCGGCGAAGAGGAGGCCUUCAUGACCGCCAACAACACCCGCUUCGACCCGCAAGUGGUGGUCGAAGCGCAGAAAUGUCUCUGUAAUCUCAUCUACAACUCCCACACCAUUCAGAAACUGUGCGCUAAUAACUCGUGCAUUGAGGGCAUUAUGUUGAGACUCCGUAUGCAUCCCGACCCACAACUACCCCAACUGGUGAAGUACUUCGAUAUGCGAAUGCUUUUCCUAAUCUCCGCGCUUUGCGCCGAAGUUCGGCCACGAAUUCGGGACGAAUAUCACGGACUCAUAUACCUUAUGGAAGCCAUUGAUCUCAUACUGAAGAACAAUUCGGAGAAUUUGGCCGAAAAGGUUCCGAACAAAAACAAGCGCCGCUCGAAGGGCUCC